AUGAUUUGUGAUGCCACUUUUCGGUUUGUUGACGCUCUCGCAAAGUGGCUUGGGAGCGUUCACGAUUCAAGGAUCUUUCGUGAAAGCGCCAUACGUCAGCGUUUUGAAAGAGGUGAAAUCGACGGUCUUCUGCUUGGUGACUCUGGCUAUGGAUGCAAGAGGUAUCUUAUGACACCAUAUCAAAACACCGACAGUCCUUGUAAGGAACGGUUUAACAUAUCCUUAUGUCGAACAAGAGUGGUGAUCGAGCAAGCUUUUGGCGUUCUCAAGCGUAGGUUUCCAUGUCUACAUUAUGGACUUAGAGUAAAACCUGACAGAGCAGCCAAAAUAACAGUCGCGUGUGUCAUUCUUCAUAACAUUGGAUUAGAGAGGCAAGACAUGUUUUCACGAACAUGUGAGGAUGACACGGAUCAGCCACAUGUUGUUUAUGAAGGAGAUGGGUCUGGAAACAGUUACAGAGACUACAUCGCAGAAUCUUUCUUUUAA